AUGGAUUAAGUAAGUGGAACAAACCUUUUAAUGCUAAAAAUUGAAAAAGGGGAUUUAAAUGAAAUUAUUUAAUGUAUUUAGAAAUAUCCAAAAUACAUAAAUUUAAAAAAUAAAAGCGGUAACAGCGCCAUAACAACUGCAAUAAGACUUAAUGAUUUAUCUAUCCUUAAAAUACUACUAGACAACAAAGCUGAUGUUAAUAUACAAACCAAGUCAAGCUAGACUCCUUUAUAUUUGGCCACCUUUAAUAACUAAAUUGAAGUAGUUAGUAUUUUAUUAUAGUACAAUGCAAAUGUCAACAUUUCUGAUUAAAGAGGAUGGAGUCCUUUGAUGAUAGCAGCUAAUAAAGGGUUUAUUGAUAUAAUUUACUUGCUCCUAAAUUCAUUAAAAUGUGAUUUAUUUCAAAAAAAUUAAAGAGGAGAAACUGUUUUUGAAUUGGCUAAAAAUAAAGAAGUCUUAAAUAUUAUAGUUGACAAUUGUGGCUUUAAAGUAAGUGAAAUAGAAGACUAAUUAGGUAAUAGUAUUAUGUGUGGGAUAAGGACAAAACUAAAUUGCAAUAACAAUAGUCUCUAAAAUGCUUAAAAAACACUUUUUGAUGCAGGUUCAUUCUACUAAAAAGAAGUAAAAAGAGUAUAAAGCACUUUCAAAUCAAUCUGUGAAAAAAACCAUUCAUAACUAAAUAAACUUAGAAAUGACUUAGCAAGCAUAUAAGGUGAAGUUAUAUAAAAAAAAUCGUAUUAAAAAGGAAAGCUACUACAAGAAAAUAAAGAGAUACUUAAUUAAUAAGAUAAUAAUUAUUCUAGCAAGUAUCAGAACUAGUCUGUUAACUCGUAUUAAUCUAAUUAAGCAAAUAAUAAUAUUCCAUAUGUAACAUAGUUUAACUAUGAUAGUUAAAAUUAUUAUUCUUAGAAUAGCAAUUAAGCCAAAAUUGAAAUUUAAAACGAAAGUUUAAUUUUUAGUAAAGCAAAUUCUAAUAAUAUUACACCAUCAAAAGGCAAAUAAUUAAGUAUAAAUAGCAAUAGUAAAUCUUAGAUUAAAAAAUAUAGUGGAGGAGAAGAUCAAUCUACCUAAAUAAUUAGUUCUAAUUCACAAAAUAGGAAUAAUUUACCUCCUUCGUCUUAAACAUAAAAAAAUGCUGUUAGUCAUUAUGGAUCAAACUAAAGUAAUAACUUUAAUAUAAAUAGCUCUUAAAAAAAGAGUAGUAAUAAAAUUAGCUCAUUUAUUGUAACAGAUGAUAUACCAGACUCUUCAUCAACUAAGAGUAACAAAAAAAAUUUUGGGAACUCGAAUGGAGGAAGGUUAGAAUAAAGUAUGGAUGAAUAUUCUUAGUCUAACAAUGACCAAUAAAUAACAGAAACAAGUAAAUUUAAAGAACUAGAGGAAGAUUUUUUAAAAAAGAGUAGUUCUGAAUUAAUAGAGUAAUUUAUUAGAUAAUUGAUGAGCUAGAUUAAAUUUUUGAUUCCUAACAUACCAACAGAAAGCUACACUAAGUAUGAAUCAAGCAUAACAUACUUUAUAGAACAGCUUAUAAAUAAUCCUAAUCUCUCCCAUAUUGAAAAAAUUCUAGUUUUAAUGCAAUUUUAAUCUUAAAUAUUAAUCGAAAUUAUGCAAAAUCAAUAGAAAAACCAUUAGUAAAAAACUAUUCCUUAAACAACUAAUUCCUCCUUUUAAAAUAUUAACUAAAUCAGUAAUACUUAAAGUUCUGAUGAAUAAAAAUAUUUGACCACUUCUGGUGAUGCAACUGAGGAUAAUAUUAAGAAAGUUGAUUUUAAUAUAAAUCUGAAAUAGAUCCCUUAAAUUUCAACUGUGCAAUAAAAAAAGUAAUAAGUGCUUCUUGAUAUGAUUAAUUAAGAAAGUUCCCCCUCAUUAAAUGAAAACAGCAAUAACUACUAAAUUAAUGUUAAGUAACCUUAAUAAUAGCAAGCUAUUAAAGAAAAAUAUUACCAAAUGGCUAAAAAUAAACAUUUUUAAAUGGAUGGAAUAAUUGAAUAACCUACUCUCGAAAUGAUAGAAACUCCUAGUUAAAAUUAGUCAUAAUCUAAAAAAAUGUAAUUCCCAAACAAAGAUUCAUAUUAACAAUAUAUUCAUGAGAAUGAGGUUAGCAAAAGAACAGAGGAUUCAGCAUCUAAAAAUGAAGAACCUUCUAUACCUACUAUUUCUCCUCCUAGAAAUAUCUCAGAAGAUGAAGAUAUUUUGAGUACCUUAAAGGAUUCAAGUAAAAGCGAUUUUUGUUAAAGUCAAACAAAAUAAUCGAACUAAAAUUUUAAGUUGAAUUUUUCAGAUAAAUAAAAUAGAAAACAAUUAAUUUAGUAGGAUAAAAACUCUGCUAUGUUUUAAAUUUUAGGAAAUUAAAAAUCAGAAUAAAAUUAAUAUUUGUUAUAGUAAGACAAUCAUGACUAUUAAAUCAGUGAAAAGUUUAGUAUUACAGAUAAUUUUUUAAACUUUAACGACAAUGCAAUAAGUUCAGCUGAUAUAUUCCAUCAUGCUGAAUAUAAUACUAUAGAGUCAUUUAACACUAACCCAAAUCUCUUAACUUCUGAUUAAAAUAAAGAAACAAAAUCUUUUAUCGAUGAUACAAGACAUGGUUUUGUAGUAGAGUAUAAAAUAAGUAAUGAAAAAUAAAAUCAAUUUGACGAAGAUGAUAUGAUCUUAGAUUAAAAUUUGUAAAGAGAUGAAUAUGAUGAAAUUGCUGAUUAGCUUAGCUAGACCAAUUUAAACAAAAAUCUAUUUGAUUAAGUUCAUGUUUUUAAUGGGAACAAGUGUUAAGUAGUUUAAUCUGGAUAGACCAGUAAAGCUUAAAGUGAAAUUGAUUAUGAAAUAUCUCCAACAAAUUCAAGCAGAGUUAAUUAAGGAGUUUAGCAAAUUUUCUCAUAAAGAAACAAUCAAAAAAAUGAAAAUCAAAAUUAAGAAGGAUAUUUAUAUAAUAUACAGUAAUUUGAUUAUAAUUAAUAUGAUUACACUUCUGACGAAGAUAGCAAUGAGCAUUAAAACAUUUAAUAUAUUUCUCAAGCUUAAAAUUCAGAAAGAUAAUCUAAAAACAAAUUACAUACUUCGAAUGAUACAAUUUUAAAUUAGGGAAAAAAAUAGGAAUAAGCAAGCAAAAAAACUCAUUCAGACAAUUAAAAUUAAUUUGAAAACGAUUAAAUUAAUGAAUAAACAGACAAUUAAACCCUAAACUCAAACUUUUGUGGAGAAGACCUAAAAUAAAAUGAUCAAAAUAAUAUAGCAUCUCAUUCAAAAUAACAAGGUAUUUUAUUUUUUUCUUCUAUAAAUUAUAAACUUUUAUUUUUUAAUUUUUUAGUCAACAUGCAUCAAAGAAAUAUUUAAAAGCUAUAAAAGAUGAAUGAAGCAUUAAAUGAAAAACUAAACUAAAUAUAACAAAAUAGAGUUAACUUACAACUUAAAAUGAAAAAUAAAAUCUGA